AAAAUUAAAUAAAAGAAUUUGUCUGAUAAAACACUUGCAGAUGAUGAAAUUAAUAUAUCUUCGCCGCAGAGACUCACUCCGGUAGCUGUUCUUUCGAGAAUGUUGAACAAUGGAGUGCGCAGCCUUCACACUUCCUGUUUGCGCUUUCCCUACUUGGCGGAGAGGCCUCUUUUCCGAUCAAUUUCGUACCGGGGAACUCGCCGCCGGCGACUUUUUGCGAGCUUCGGCUCUGCUUCAGCCACCGCCACUAAGGAAAGGAAGGAGAAGGUGAUUGUUAUAUCUGGUCCGACUGGUGCUGGGAAGAGCAGGCUUGCUAUGGAGCUUGCUAAGCGUCUCAAUGGUGAAAUUGUCAGCGCCGACUCUGUCCAGGUAUAUCAGGGUCUUGAUAUUGGAUCUGCGAAGCCUUCUGCAAGGGAUAGAAAGGAGGUUCCGCAUCAUCUGCUUGACAUACUACGUCCAUAUGAAGAAUAUUCUGCUGGUCAGUUUUUUGAGGAUGCGAGGCAAGCGACAAGAUGUAUCCUUGAUAAUGGCCGUGUUCCAAUAGUUUCUGGUGGGACAGGAUUGUAUUUAAGAUGGUUCAUGUAUGGCAAACCCAAUGUUCCGAAGGCCACCCCAGACGUUGCUGUCAAAGUAUAUUCUGAGUUAGCUGACCUUCAGAAAAAUGAAGACUGGGAUGCAGCUGUGCAAUUGGUUGUCAAAGCUGGUGAUCCUAGAGCACAGCAUUUACCUACUAAUGAUUGGUACCGAUUGCGGCGUAGCUAUGAGAUUGUCAAGGCAAGUGGUUUACCUCCAUCUGCAUUUCAAGUUCCAUAUGACACUUUCAGACAAGGAUGUGGUUCUGGUGCAACAAGCAGCUUUCAGGAUGCUGACCAUUCAGUUGACUCUUCUGUUGAUUCAAGUGAGGAAAUUAGCUCGAAAGAGUUGGAUUAUGAGUUCAUUUGUUUCUUCCUCUCUAGCCCAAGGCUCAAUUUGUAUAGGUCAAUUGACUUCCGCUGUGAAGAUAUGAUUUCAGGAAGUGAUGGGAUUUUAUCUGAGGCAACAUGGCUUCUUAAUAGCGGCCUUCUUCCAGAUUCAAAUUCUGCCACUCGAGCUAUUGGUUAUAGACAAGCUAUGGAGUACCUAUUAAGGUGUAGGCAACAAGGUGGAAGGAGUUCUCCAGGAGAGUUCUUUGCCUUUCUCUCUGAAUUUCAGAAAGCAUCUAGAAAUUUUGCAAAAAGGCAAUUGACUUGGUUUAGGAAUGAGCGGAUAUAUCACUGGCUUGAUGCUUCUAAACCCCUGGAAAAUGCACUCAACUUUAUUUAUGAUGCUUACCAUAAUGAAAGUGGAAAUAUCUCCGUUCCAGAUUCACUUAGAAUGGAGAAAGAUAUUUCCAGUCACCGAGAGGCUUCGGAACUCAAGGCUUAUCGAGCGAAAAAUAGAUAUUUUGUUAGACGUGAAGAUUGUGCUGAUGUUUUGGAUUGGAUAAAAAGAACCCAAAGUGUUUACCAAGAUAAUCCUGUCGCUUGAACGAGUUCGAUCUCGACCUCAUUUUUUUAUGCAAAGGAAUCUUACUUACCAAAAAAUCUUGCAGAUCUCACUUAAGUUGUGCAUAAGUUCAGAAGUUUGAUAAUGCUGCUUGUCAAUAUCGAAUCCCCCCCCCC